UCCUGCGCGCUCCACCUCGACACCUCCUCCCGCACCCGGGUCCGAAGAUGGCGGCUCUCAAACUCCUGUCCUGUGGGUUUCGGCUCUGCGCCACCGCCCGAAGCUCGCGGGGCGCCCUGCACAAGGGGUGUGCCUGCUACUUUUCUGUCAGUGCUCGUCACCACACCAAGUUUUACACAGACCCAGUGGAAGCUGUAAAGGAUAUUCCUAACGGUGCAACCUUGCUGGUUGGUGGUUUUGGGCUGUGUGGAAUUCCAGAGAAUCUCAUAGGAGCUUUGCUGAAGACUGGAGUAAAAGAUCUAACCGCAGUCAGCAACAAUGCGGGGGUUGACAACUUUGGCCUGGGCCUUUUGCUUCGAUCCAAGCAGAUAAAACGCAUGAUCUCGUCAUAUGUGGGAGAAAAUGCAGAAUUUGAGCGACAGUUCUUAUCUGGUGAAUUAGAAGUAGAGCUGACACCUCAGGGCACACUUGCGGAGAGGAUCCGUGCAGGCGGGGCUGGGGUCCCUGCCUUCUACACCAGCACAGGGUAUGGGACCCUGGUACAAGAAGGAGGAUCACCCAUCAAAUAUAACAAAGAUGGGAGCGUUGCCAUUGCCAGCAAGCCACGAGAGGUGAGGGAGUUUAACGGUCAGCACUUUAUUUUGGAGGAAGCAAUCACGGGAGAUUUUGCUUUGGUGAAAGCCUGGAAAGCCGACCGGGCAGGAAACGUGAUUUUCAGGAAAAGUGCAAGAAACUUCAACUUGCCAAUGUGCAAAGCUGCAGGAACUACAGUAGUGGAGGUUGAAGAAAUUGUAGACAUUGGCUCAUUUGCCCCAGAAGAUAUCCACAUUCCAAAAAUCUAUGUACACCGCCUUAUAAAGGGAGAAAAAUAUGAGAAGAGAAUUGAGCGUUUGUCACUCCGAAAGGAAGGAGAUGGGAAAGCCAAGUCUGGUAAACCUGGAGACGACGUUAGGGAACGGAUCAUCAAGAGAGCCGCUCUUGAGUUUGAAGAUGGCAUGUACGCUAACUUGGGCAUAGGGAUACCUCUUCUGGCCAGCAACUUCAUCAAUCCAAAUAUGACUGUUCACCUUCAAAGUGAAAAUGGAGUCUUGGGCUUGGGCCCAUACCCACUGAAAGAUGAAGCGGAUGCCGAUCUCAUCAAUGCAGGAAAGGAAACAGUCACUGUUCUCCCAGGAGCUUCUUUCUUCUCCAGCGAUGAAUCAUUUGCAAUGAUUAGAGGGGGACAUGUCAACUUAACAAUGUUGGGAGCAAUGCAGGUUUCUAAAUAUGGUGACCUGGCUAACUGGAUGAUACCUGGGAAGAUGGUGAAAGGAAUGGGAGGAGCUAUGGAUUUAGUGUCCAGUUCCAAAACCAAAGUGGUGGUCACCAUGGAGCAUUCUGCAAAGGGAAAUGCACAUAAAAUCAUGGAGAAGUGCACAUUACCUCUGACCGGGAAGCAGUGUGUCAACCGCAUUAUUACAGAAAAGGGUGUGUUUGACGUGGACAAGAAAAAUGGGCUGACACUGAUCGAGCUCUGGGAAGGCCUGACUGUUGAUGACAUAAAGAAGAGCACUGGCUGUGACUUUGCUGUUUCACCAAACCUCAUGCCAAUGCAGCAGAUUUCAACUUGAAAUGUUGAUUCAGCAUUUGUUCCAGGAUGCUAAGAUAUCAUUUUGAACACAUAG